GUGUCAGGAAGUUGGCAGCGAGGAGCGGCGAAGAGAAAGGAGAGAGGAUAAGUGCCCAUUUCUAGAAAAUUCUGGUUCAGAGGAAGAUGUCCUACAAAUCCUUCAGUACAUGGCCACCAUACUGGGAGUCCCAUUCUGUGAGCUGCGCGAGCAUUUCGGGGAGGAGUUCUUUGGCCUCUGCUUUGAAGAAAAUGAACGAGUGCUUCGGGCUGUGGGUGGCAACCUCCAGGACUUUUUCAAUGGCUUUGACGCCAUUUUGGAGCACAUUCGCACCUCCACGGGGCGCCGUGCUUCAUCUGAGAGCCCCUCCUUCCAGUGCAAGGAUCCCCACGAGGAGGAGAAAGGCAGAAGAAAAUUGGACAAAGUUGGAGAGCAAGGAGAAAGAGAUGGAAGAGGGAAGGUGUUGCUUCUUCACUGUUUCAACCCUGCCCCUGUUGUUGGAUUGGUCAUGCCAGGGUUGAUCCGAGCUGUUGCCAGGCGGAUCUUUCAUUCAGAAGUUGAGGUGGAAGAGGUGCCACCUCUAACUCCCUUAUUGCCCAAUGAAGAUACAGAACACACAGACGGUGACUCUGCAACUCCAACUGCAUCACCCACUGCCUCACCCUCUUCAUCCCCAUCCCCUCCCUCUCCUUUCCAAACCUCUGUUCCCACAGUUUGCUUGUCCUUCCAAAUUCACGAGACGUGUCCUCCUUCCCUCUCCUCCUUCCCAAAUGCUGCCCCGGUGAGCACUAAACGCCCCCACCCCUCACUCUCCACCAACCCCAGUGAUCUGCGCAUCGGCCUGGCCACGUUUUGCCGUGCCUUUCCGUUUCACCUUGUCCUGGGGCCUCGCAUGGAGCUACUGCAGCUUGGAGAAGGGUUGAGGAGACAGGCUCGCAUUGAGCCUCAUCGGAGCUUCUCGUUCAGGGACUGUUUUGAGAUUGUCUCACCCAAGAUGGAGCCGUCGUUCCAGGGUAUCCUCCUGAGGCUUGCAUCCCCAUUUACCAUCCGUACCAGACCUGAUACCACACAAACGGGCACCAAGGAGAAGGUCAUGGAAUUGAAGGGUCAGAUGAUCCAUGUGCCCGAGUCCAGCUCCCUGAUGUUUCUGGGCUCACCACGUGUUGAUAAGCUGGAGGAGCUAAUGGGCAGGGGCCUCCACCUGUCAGAUAUCCCCAUCCAUGAUGCGACACGGGACGUCAUCCUGGUGGGGGAGCAGGCCAAGGCACAGGACGGCCUGAAGAAGAGAAUGGACAAACUUAAGGCCACCUUAGAGCGAACUCACCAAGCACUGGAGGAGGAAAAGAGGAGAACUGUGGAUCUCCUUUAUUCCAUAUUUCCAGGUGAUGUGGCACAGAAACUGUGGCAGGGUCAGCCAGUGCCCGCUCGCAAAUUUGAUGAUGUUACCAUGCUGUUCUCGGACAUCGUGGGCUUCACUGCUGUGUGUGCCCAGUGCACGCCUAUGCAGGUCAUCUCCAUGCUGAACGAGCUUUACACGCGCUUCGACUACCAGUGUGGCAUUCUGGAUGUUUAUAAGAUCGAGACAAUAGGUGAUGCCUACUGUGUGGCAGGAGGACUUCACAAGAAGGUUGAUAGUCAUGCUAAGCCAAUUGCACACAUGGCUCUGAAGAUGAUGGAACUUUCCGAGGAAGUGCUGACACCUGAUGGGAAACCUAUUAAGCUAAGAAUAGGUAUCCACACAGGGUCGGUGCUGGCAGGUGUGGUCGGGGUUAAAAUGCCACGUUAUUGCCUGUUUGGGAACAAUGUGACACUGGCCAGCAAGUUUGAAUCGGGGAGCCAUCCAAGGUGUAUCAAUGUUAGUCCCACAACUUACCAGUUGCUGAAAGAUGACCGCUCUUUUUCAUUUGUCCCUCGCUCACGGCUGGAGCUCCCAGAGAAUUUUCCCAAAGAAAUCCCAGGGACGUGUUACUUCCUGGAGGCGGGGACAUCGCACAGCCAUGCCUCGCUGACCAGCUCGCGCUCCGCUCCCCCGGCCUCUAUGAGGAAAGUCUCCUACAGCAUUGGGACCAUGUUUCUAAGAGAAACAAGUUUGUAGGUACCAUACACAGAUAUUCAUUAUGUGAGAGGGAGGGUUUGAACCUGUGGAACAUACAGGGAACAGAUCACACAGAUCUUUGGAUAUGCAAAUGCAUUAUGUGUGAAAACUUUGGAUUUGGACCUGUGGGAUGGCCUAUAUGAAUGAAACUCGCUCUCAUCAUAGGUGAAAAGGACAACAUGCCCUCAGCUCCCCUUAGCAAGGGAGACGUGAUUGAAAAGACUUAAAGAAGAGCGACAAUGCUCGUCUCACAUGGACCUUUCCCCAAGGAGCUGUACUGAUGGGGUCAAUUAGAGGAGAAACCUUUAUAUAAAACUUAAUGACCUAGCUGUCUUCAUCAGCCCCAAACCUGGUUUCUAGCUCUCUCCAGUGUUCCUCUCCAAAAUGGUACCCUGACCUGGGUCUAGAGGCAACAAUGUUUGCAUAAAACCUGGAGAGAGACCAUUUACAUGACCAGGGUUGCACUCAUUAGCAAUGGAAUUGCGCAAAUUGAACAAAUCCACUUUCCAUUAACAAAGUGGAUGCUGAGGAAUGAAGUUGUAUGAACUUUAAGAAGAUGGCUCAUUGCCACAAAUGUUUGCUGUGCAUCAUGGCCUCUUGUACAAGGAAGACCACUACUGAAGAACAAUACAACUCCCCUCCCUCCCCUCCCAGCUGUCCCUAAAUCAUGUCAUGUUUUACCAAACAUAUUUCUAACAUCUGCUUGUUAGAUCCAUCCAUCAACCUUGGACCAGUUGGUCGGGGUGGGCAGAGACAAAUGAGAGGCACAAACAAGGAGAUUUUUUUGGUUUGAAAAGUGGUCAUCAAGGGACAAAUGCCAAAAAGGCUAGUACUAAGCUGAUCUUAGAGCCUUUUCUGCUUCUAACCCACAGCAAACUAUAACCAACAACAAUCCAGCCAUUUCAUUGCAGGUAAUAUGUUUAGGACUGAAAAUUAUUCCCAGCUCAGUGCCUUUUUACUGCUCUAAUCAGGACAAAUACAAGAUGGAUUCAUUCUAAAUAUUUGAAAAGAAAAAACAUAUAUAAGGAGCGCUUCAUUUAUCUUAUGUUUCCACUUGUUGGAAGACAUUUUAGUGUCAUUUUCUAUUUUGCAGAGUGAACGAUUUGAAUGAGGAAAUGACAUGUGCCAAAGGUUAUAUAGCCACAUUAGAGCCUGUGAUGUUGCAAGUCAUGGCAGGCGCCUUAUCCCAUCUAGCCAUCACAAGUCCUGAUUAGUUUCUCUCUAGUUGUCUCUCAUUUUGAGAUGGUCAUGAGUGGCUGGUAAGAUAAAUCAAGCACUCCUCAAAAAAGUUCAAAUAUUUGAAAUUCUUUUCAUCUUUUUUUUUGUCCAGAUCAACCAAUAAUAACACACAAUAUAGUGCUAAUAAUAUAGUACUAUCCUAACUUGUACACAUAGUCACAGUAUGCAUGCUUCACACGGUUCACAUUUACAUACGUAGUCCUUUUUUUUAUUGCGUUGUUUUUUUACCAUGUGGAAAUUAAAGUAUUUACUAGCCCCAUACAAAUGUAACCAACAGGAUUUGAAUUCAAGUCUAGUAGUUUGCUAGUAGGCUGAGUAUGAUUUACUCAGUGGAAAUCUCAGGCCUUCCAAAUACUUAAGCGUAGCUCAGUAACCCAGCCAUGGGAAAACAAUUAAAUGUUUUUGUCUAAGAGAAUCUUCAUAAACUGUCAUCAUAAAGAGGGAAGUGAAGGGUUGAAGUUGGAUAUUCUUUGAAUAUUUUACAGACUUGGCACAUUUAGAUACUUCACAUUACAUUGCUGCCAUUGUUCUCUUUGGUUGUUGACAUCACAUAGAUGUGACAUCAAGAUUAUAUAUCAGUUGGAAUUUCUGGCUGUUACAGACCCACAGAAAAAAAACUAUUAUUAGGAGGCAUUAGUUUCCAUGAAAUAUUACAUUUUUGAUGUUGAUAGAACUGUUUUUAUUAGCUAAAGAAGUACAUAGAGAUUUGUCAACAUCACAUGAUAAUUUUAACUUUUUACUGAUUACCAAAAAAAAAAGUUCAGAAAUAAUCUAGUUUGUUUAAAUUUGAAUAAGUUGUGCUACCUGUGCGUGCUUACCUUCUUGGUGUAAAUUCGGUUUUUUUUUUGGUUUUUUUUCUUCAAUUGUUACAACAUCACAAUAUGGCUUACGAUACUGACAAAAUAGCUUAAUAACUAAACUGUUAAUAAUUCACUUCUAAAUCACAAAACAGAAAGGGGAAUAGCAUGUUGCGAUUUACCUACAUCUUGCAAAAUAUCACACUGGUUGCUAUAUCCUCUACAAGAUCAAAUAAAAUAUUCUACUGAAUUCUGAGACACCAACAGCACAGGGUAAUCUCGCUUUUUAAGUAAAGGUUUUUGUACCUGCUGUCUGUUGUGUACGUUCAGUUGUUGAGGGCAGAACCAGCACGUUUUGACAGCCGGACACAACCCUAUGGCAGAGAUUCAACAGAAACACAUGCUGGCUAUGCUAUGUAAAACACAGCUUGUAGGAAAACAUCAGAAGGGUCAUUUAUAUCGGACACAAAAACUAAUUCCCAUCUGGCCGAAGGUUUCACCCACUAAUGAUCUUUGUGCCCUCUAACUGAGAUUAACACCAGCAUAACAAAGCAAUGUGCCAUAUUCAAGGAAAGCAUGGAAGGAGGAAAAAUAUUCCUUUUUGACCUGCCAGUGUUUGAACCGGAGAUGGAAGUGUUAGAAAACUUCGAUAAUAAGUCGUUAUUGCCAUAAAUAAUUCUUACAACUGUCACCAGAUUCUCUGACAGGAGUAGCAUCAGAAAGCUUGAAACGUUUCCAUGUUCUGUAAACGCCCUGAUAAGUUUUGGCAAUGAAAAUAGACUGAGAAUAUUUUUCCUUACACUACAUAGUCUUAUCUAUAUUUACUGUAAAUGAGAAUUAUAACCUAUUUUCAAGCAGUCACUUUAAGUAUACUAUGCAGUAUAGCACUGACAUUGGACUAGACAACACUAACACCUAAAGAUAAAUCCUAUCAGUCAAACACAUGGGAGCAGAAAUCAGGAAUCGUAACACAAAGAAAGUAUGUGUAUUAACUCCAAACUAGGUGCCAAUGUUUAGUCGGUUGGCCUUGUGAUCUUAAGCCUAGAGAACUUAUCUACAAUAUAAAAUGAUUUAAAGUAAAGUGGCAACUCAAAAUUUAUGUCGGUAUAUACAUUUUUUUUGUCAGGGCUUGCUACACCUGUUAGAAAGCAGCAUAAUGUUCACAUUUUAUUGCUUUGUGGUAACAACGUCACAGCAUUUCCUAAGACCAAAAGGUCUAUAACGUUCAUGUUUCUUGUGAUAUUAUAGAGAACCAGAAGCUGCAGCACCCACCUGGGACAUACAUCCUAUAUAUGUAUACAUCAGAGGCUCAUAAAAUUAGCACAUUUUUCUCUCAACGUUGACAAGCCUGCCUAACCCUGGUUCAGUAGAAAUUGCCAAAUACACUAGAGAAUGGUUAUCAAGUUUUCCAAGAGCCUGAGGGAAGUUUCCCAUGUCUGUAAGGCCUGGGAAUGUGGAUACUGCUAAGCCUUAUUUUGGCCCCGAUGAUAAAGUAAAUUAUAAUUUCAGAAAAUGUUUGAGAGUCUACAAGGGCCAUUUUAUUCAGAUAGGUAUCUAAAACGUUUUCUAGAUCUAUUUAGUUUGACUAAAAUCCCAUAUGAGCAAGUGAACCCAUAAGCAUUGCCUAGUGCAUUAGUUUAUUAUAGUGGGUUAAACCAGAAACACAUGAUAAGUAGCAAUUUAAUGUUACUCAUGGAAGGAGAUGUAUUGUAACAAAGCCUGGUAGGGUGCAGUAUUCACAGUGAGAGUACACAGUCCAGGAAUAGAGGAGUAGACAAGAUUAGAUUAGACAAUUGAAGAAUGACGAUGAUAGCCAUAGUUGCUAGUUUAUGUGACUAACUGCUGUUACAAACCUAGUUUACAGUGUUUACUUCUGGAUAUUUUAAAGAGCAGCAGUUUAAAAAUGUUUUAUUCCAACAUGUCCCCACACACCCAAACGUAGGUGCGACUCGUGCUGCAAGGAGACGAUGACCAACCCACAAUCCAAAAGAAGUACACUGUGCAAAUUAUUUUAAAUCCACUAUGGAAAAAUCUGUGCAUGGACGCUACUAUUGUUGCAUUAUUGUAUCCAGCAGUAAAAGAGACUGAAUUUCCUUAGGGUCCCCCAUAAGGUACAGUAGGUGAACCACUCUUAAGUGUAUCCGACAGUUGUGUUAUUGAGCUUGGGGUAAGGUUUUUCCAAGGCAGAGCUUUCACUUAUAGAGAUGCACAAGUGCUCCCUGGCUGCCAUCCUGGCAAUAUUCUAUAAUGCAUACAUGCAUUAAUAUGUAUAAAAUCUAUCUAUUGUAGCAUAAAUGUAGUGCAGGUGUCAUUUACACUCAACUUCAGCAGUGCCUGAAGUCUGCAUCGGUUAAAUGAAGGACAUUACAUCAGCAUUACACCCACGCAACUUGUGUCCAACGCUCAUGUCUCCAAGUCUGUAAAUUCUUGGCACAAUAUGAAAUGUUUGGUCAGAUCUUACAGUCUUGCUGUUAUGAUGCAGAGGUGUUGCAGUUACCGGUUCUCUACAGUGUUGUUGUCAGUCGUGGACCAUUACACUACAGUGUAUGCUGUAGGUCACUCACUCCUACACAGGUGUACAUCGCAGUUACAGUGGCAAUACAACUGAGCUGUACUGUAUAAGCCGUGUCAAACAAUGAACAUGAACAAAUGUUGUCAUGGGCCUGAGGUAAGUGUGAAGGGGUCCAGUGUCCAGUGAGACAAAGGCAAAUACAUCCGUAACUCCAGCAACUGUCGUCUGUGUGCUUGCCUGCGUGAGUGUGUGAAACAAUAUGAGAACAUACUGAUUUUGCCAAUGUACAAACAUACUAGUUUGUUAAUAAAGGUCUGUUGUACCUGUAACAAAUCUGUACAAUUUAGAUCUAUUUAAGAUAUUCAAACUGAAAAAUGGAAAUUGUAAUAAAAUGUUAUUGCAGAUUUUUUUGGUAUAAUUCACAAAAUGAUUUGACUAUAUCACAUUUUCCACUGCUUUGUUGUCCGUUUUCUAUUUCAGCCAGAAACAUUAUGUCAGUAUAUGUGCCAUCUAAAGCCAGGCUCGUUUUCCCAACAUACCAGAGUCCCCACCCUCAAGUAAUGUCUUUUUUAUUUCA